AUGGACGCCAACACCGACGUCAACACCAACACGGACGUCAACACCGACGCCAACACCGACGUCAAUACCAACACGGACGCCAACACCAACACGGACGCCAACACCGACGUCAACACCAACACAGACGUCAACACCAACAUGGACGCCAACACCGACGUCAACACCAACACGGACGUCAACACCAACACGGACGCCAACACCGACGUCAACUCCAAAACGGACGCCAACACCAACACCGACGUCAACACCAACACGGACGUCAACACCAACACGGACGCCAACACCGACGUCAACACCAACACGGACGUCAACACCGACACGGACGCCAACACCAACACGGACGUCAACACCAACACGGACGCCAACACCAACACGGACGUCAACACCGACGUCAACACCGACGUCAACACCAACACGGACGUCAACUCCAACACGGACGCCAACACCAACACGGACGUCAACACCAACACGGAUGCCAACACCAACACGGACGCCAACACCAACACGGACGUCAACACCAACACCGACGUCAACACCAACACGGACGUCAACACCAACACGGACGUCAACACCGACGUCAACACCAACACGGACGUCAACUCCAACACGGACGCCAACACCAACACGGACGUCAACACCAACACGGAUGCCAACACCAACACGGACGCCAACACCAACACGGACGUCAACACCAACACGGACGCCAACACCAACACGGACGUCAACACCAACACGGACGUCAACACCAACACGGACGCCAACACCAACACGGACGUCAACACCGACGUCAACUCCAACACGGACGUCAACACCAACACGGACGCCAACACCAACACGGACGUCAACACCGACGUCAACACCAACACGGACGCUAACACCAACACGGACGUCAACACCGACGCCAACACCAACACGGACGUCAACACCAACACGGACGCCAACACAACACGGACGUCAACACCGACGUCAACACCGACGUCAACGCCAACACCGACGUCAACACCAACACGGACGCCAACACCGACGUCAACACCAACACGGACGCCAACACCAACACGGACGUCAACACCGACGUCAACACCAACACGGACGUCAACACCAACACGGACGUCAACACCAACACGGACGCCAACACCAACGCCAACACGGACGUCAACACCGACGUCAACACCAACACCGACGUCAACACCAACACGGACGUCAACACCAACACGGACGCCAACACCGACGUCAACGUCAACACCAACACGGACGCCAACACCGACGUCAACACCAACACGGACGCCAACACCGACGUCAACGCCAACACGGACGAAAACACCGACGUCAACGUCAACAACACGGACGCCAACACCGACGUCAACGUCAACACCAACACGGACGCCAACACCGACGUCAACACCAACACGGACGCCAACACCGACGUCAACGUAA